AUGAGUGCCGCUAGUCCGCCAGGAAACGAUCCUCAUGCUUUCGGCAUUCCUGUGAAUGCCACUCCAUCCAGCAUGGGUUCACCAGGAAGUCCAGUCAAUGUGCCACAACCAGUGAAUCCUGCGGCUGCCGCCGUAAACCAUCCUGUUAUGAAAGCCAACAUCAACAAUAAUGUCAAUGAAGGUGUGAGAACUUUGACCAGGGAACAAAUACAGCAAUUGCAGCAGAAACAGAGGUUGUUAUUACAACAAAAGCUACUACAGCAACAAAAACAACAGCAGGCGUUACAAAACUACGAGGCUCAAUUUUAUCAAAUGCUAAUGACUUUAAACAAGAGGCCCAAAAGACUUUAUAACUUCGUGGAGGAUGCAGACUCGAUCUUGAAAAAAUAUGAACAAUAUAGACCCAGUUUUGAAUUUCACAUCUACGAGAAUAACUAUAAAAUUUGUGCUCCCGCAAACAACAGGCUACAACAACAACAAAAGCAACCCGAGCUGACAAGCGAUGGCCUAAUAUUGACCAAGAACAACGAAACUUUGAAAGAAUUUUUAGAGUACGUUGCUAGAGGUAGAAUCCCAGAUGCCAUUAUGGAAGUCUUGAGGGAUUGUAAUAUUCAGUUUUAUGAGGGAAACCUUAUUUUGCAAGUUUACGACCAUACAAAUACGGUGGACGUAACCCCUAAAGAAAAUCAGCCGAACACUAAUCCAUCUUCUUCUUCACCCUCCAAUGUUGGUAACACACAAGACAAUUGCAAAAUUCAACAACCAUCCGAACCAAAUAGUGGUGCAACAAGCACGAACACAAGCGCAAGCGCAAAUGCGGCCAAGAAAAACUCAUCUUUCAAACGACCUAGAGUAUAUCGAACACUUUUGAAGCCUAAUGAUUUAACUACCUAUUACGAUAUGAUGUCUUAUGCUGAUCACGCCAGAUUUUCAGAUAGUAUUUAUCAACAGUUUGAGUCUGAGAUAUUGACAUUGACUAAAAGAAACUUGUCACUAAACGUGCCACUAAAUCCUUAUGAACACCGAGAUAUGCUAGAAGAAAAGGCCUUCACGGAACCACAUUGGGACGACUCGAAAAAUAAUUUCGUUCAUAAUCACCGUGCUGAGUCUACUAGAGAAGGCACAAAGGGUGUUGUGGGGCACAUUGAAGAGCAUGAAGAAUUUCCACAGCACAGUUCGAACUAUGAACAGUUAAUGCUCAUAAUGAACGAACGCACAACAACAAUAACAAACUCAACGUUUGCAGUGUCACUAACCAAAAAUGCAAUGGAAAUUGCGACCUCCAAUUCUAACGGAAUGCGUGGAAUUUCGUCAUCUAUUUCGAAUUCUGCAUCAAAUACAAGGAAUAAUAGUCUCGCCAAUGGCAACCAAGUAGCUUUGGCGGCAGCGGCAGCAGCUGCCGCAGUAGGAUCCUCUAUGGGUAAUGAUAACAAUCAAUUUAGUAGACUAAAAUUCAUUGAACAAUGGAGAAUAAACAAAGAAAAAAGAAAGCAGCAAGCAUUAAGUGCGAAUAUUAAUCCAACUCCUUUCAACGCAAGGAUAUCAAUGACAGCACCACUAACUCCCCAACAACAGCUUUUACAAAGACAGCAGCAGGCUUUGGAACAGCAGCAGAAUGGUGGAGCCAUAAAAAGCUCGAAUAAAAGAAGCAACACCAAUGCAAGUAGUAAUAAUAGUAAUAAUGGGAAUAAUUCAGAUAAACCGAAGGCCAAACGACCCAGAAAGAACGCAAAAAAGAGUGAUAGCGGCACACCAGCUCCUAAAAAGAAACGGGUGACUAAGAAGAAACAAAGCGCAAGUAGCACACCCUCCUCCACCACAAUUUCAUAG